AUGAGCUGUGCCUCUAAUGCUUCACACUCUCCGCUUUUCUUGCUCCUCGGGUUCUCAAGAGCUAAUAUCUCCCACACUCUCCUCUUCUUCCUGUUCCUGGCUGUUUACCUGGCCACCAUAUUAGGGAAUGUGACACUAGUGCUGCUCAUCUCCUGGGACUCCAGACUCCACUCACCCAUGUAUUAUCUGCUUCGUGGCCUCUCUGUGAUAGACAUGGGGCUAUCUACAGUCACAUUGCCCCAGUUGCUGGCCCAUCUGGUCUCUGAUUCCCCAACCAUUCCUGCUGCCCGCUGCUUGGCUCAGUUCUUAUUCUAUGCAUUUGGGGUUACAGAUAUGCUUGUCAUUGCUGUCAUGGCUCUGGAUCGCUAUGUGGCCAUUUGUGACCCCCUGCACUAUGCUUUGGUAAUGAAUCACCAACGGUGUGCCUGCUUACUAGCCUUGAGCUGGGUAGUGUCCAUACUGCACACCAUGUUGCAGUAUGCUGCACACGUCCUGCCUCUUUGCUGGACUGGGGAUGCUGGGAGCAAUGUUAACCUUCCUCACUUCUUUUGUGACCACCAGCCACUUCUGCGAGCCUCUUGUUCUGACACACAUUCUAAUGAGCUGGCCAUAUUCUUUGAGGGUGGCUUCCUUAUGCUGGGCCCCUGUGCCCUCAUUGUACUCUCUUAUGUCCGAAUUGGGGCCACUAUUCUACGUUUGCCUUCAGCUGCUGGUUGCCACCAAGCAGUCUCCACCUGUGGAUCCCACCUCACCAUGGUUGGUUUCCUCUAUGGCACCAUCAUUUGGGUCUACUUCCAGCCUCCCUCCCAGAACUCUCAGCAUCAGGACAUGGCGGCUUCAGUAAUGUAUACUGCUAUUACACCUUUGGCCAACCCUUUUGUGUAUAGCCUCUGCAAUAAGGAUGUCAAGGGUGCACUCCACAGGCUGCUUGAAUGGGGGAAGGUGGACCCCUGAUUAGCCUGCUGUGGGCCAUAUUGAAUAGGUGAGAAAAGUCAUGGGCAUAUUAUGAGCAAAGUUGGUUUUGGGGAGAUCAGAGGAAGGAAGAGCAGAGGGAGGGAGUGCCUAGAUAACUUAAGGAACUCCAGAUUUGCUUCUUGUCAAUGUUGUGCUUUGAUAGAGCCAUAAACAUUAUACA